AUGGCUUUCAGCUUCAAGCAUGCUAUCACAGGAGCCAAGAGCAGCGAGAUAAUAGACGCACCUGGUGGCAUCAUCGCCGAUGAUAUGGGUCUCGGCAAGACUUUGUCAAUGCUUGCUGCGGUGGUCGCGUCGGUCAGCCAAGCUGUCCAAGAUGCAUUCAGCAGCACCAGAGCUCCGACGUCAUACUGGCGGGAUAUAAUCCCAUCAAAAUGUACGCUUGUAGUUGUGCCGUCUGCUUUGCUUAUGGACAGUUGGCUCGAUGAGGUGGAGAACAUCACCGCCGAAUUCUGUCGCGGGAGUAGUAGGCUGCACCGCAUCCAAUGGUACCGUCUAGUUCUUGAUGAGGCUCACUUCAUACGAAAUCCUACCACGAAGCAGUUUCGAGCGAUCAAUGCUUUGCCAUCCAAAAUUCGAUGGUGUAUGACAGGAACGCCUAUACAAAACUCUUUGGAGGAUCUUGGAGCCUUGGUGAAAUUUCUCAAAGUACCAGUCCUGGACGACCUUGCUUUGUUUCGAAAGCAAAUAACAACACCUGUCGUCUCAAAUGUGUCGGGUCGGUUUACUAACUUGAGGCGACUUCUAGAAGCUAUAUGCUUGCGCCGUACAAAGGCGCUUCUGAAUCUUCCUGAGCCAGUCACUGAAACCGAACUCCUUGAGCUCUCAGCGCCCGAAAGUACCAUGUAUCGUGACUUUGGCGAUCUUUGCAAACGUGCGAUCAAUCUGGCUGUCUCCGGCCACAGCGUGAGUGCUCCUAAGUACGCAUAUCGACUAGAAUAUUGA